AUGAAGAAAAGAAGAAAAAUUGUUCCAAAAGUCCAACACCGAUCAACAAAUAUGAACGGUAAAAAGACUCCCACAGACUCUGCCUUUGUACCGAGUGACAAAAAAAAAUCAUUUGUUGACAGCACUGUUGUUUCUCAAAGUCCAGAUCAGAGAAAGCUUUUAAGCUCUUUGCAUUACAAUAAGAACUUGCUAAAGUAUUUGAAUGAUGACCGCCAGCGCUCAACAUCCUUUUGCGAUCUCCUUAUAAUAGUUGAAGGACAAGAGUUCAAGGUGCACAAAGUGGUAGUGGCUGUGGGGAGCAGUUACUUUUAUGCUUGCUUGAGUAAAAACCCUACGACAGAAGUUGUGACCUUAGACCAUGUCAGCAGCUCUGUUUUCCAACACUUGCUUAAUUUUCUCUACACUUCUGAGUUGUCGGUGUGGGACUAUGAAAUAAGUUUGGUUCUGGAGGCAGCUAGGUUUCUUGACAUAAUAGAUGCUGUGAAGCUGUUGGCUGCAGAGAAUGAUGGUAAUUCUGCAUCUGUAAUACAAUCACCUCCAACCAUAGACAAAUCUAUUAGUAAGUUAGAAUCCACUCAUAAGUGUCCAUUCUGUGGGAGAGGUUUUUGCUACAAAAAGACUUUGGAAAACCAUAUAGACAAAGCCCACGGUUCUGCCAAAGCAAUUGAUGCUCUUCACACUGAUCCCUCAACCAGAAAGUCAACACGGAAAAGGAAAUGCCCAGCAAAAUUUGAAAAUGGUAAAGUGCAGGAUAAUGAAAGCGCAUCAAGUGGUGGUUCAGUCAAUAAUGGCCACGAAAGGACUGACUCUGAAGAGUCUGAAAGUGAAAUGAAUGAGGAGGGAAGUGGACUGCAGGUGAAAGACGAAACUGGGAAUCAAGAGGAUGGAGAAGAAACAUCUGGAGGAGAUGGGGGGCAAAGUGGUGGGGAGCUUGGUGAAAAUGAAGAUGGAAAUGUCAAUUCGGAUACCUUGGGUAAUUACCCAGAAGGACUUGCCCCCAUUGUGUUACAGAAGAGUAGCAAAAAAGAGUUAAAAUGUCCAAAGUGUGGCAAGGUCUUUGACAGAGUGGGUAAGAAUUAUAAUCUUGUAGCAUUUGUUUUGCUUAAAUGUUUACUUGGACACAGACAUAUAUUAAGGAAGUGCUUACAAAUGGCUGUUAAAUUAAGCUUAAUAUGUUUUUCUUUCUUUUUUCUCCAGGGAAGUAUGAGAGUCACACUCGUGUACAUACAGGAGAGAAGCUUUUUGAGUGUGAUAUUUGCCAACAACGAUAUUCUACCAAAUCCAACCUUACAGUGCACAGGAAGAGGCACAGUAGUGAUACAGUAAUUCACAGCAAAGAGCACAAGUGUCCAUUUUGCAGCAAACUGCAUGCAAGCAGGAAGACCCUUGUUAAGCAUGUCAGAAGGCAAGUGUGACUGUUGGUGUUACUGUCACUGCUAAUGUGUAGGUACCACAUAUUUUAACUAUAAACUGAAACAUUCACGUUUGAAAGGUCACAUUGCAUUUCACAUUAAUCCUGUUUUGUGCGGAUAAAUAAAACCUGGUGAGCUGUUGAGUAAAUUCCUAGGUUUUUAGAUCUUCACAGUUUAUAGCUCGCUAUUAAUGGAACUUUCAAAAUUAAGAAGUGAUCAUGUGAGAUCCAACCUCUCUCACAAUCAGACAGCAAUUAGUUAUGCCACAAACCUCAUUUGCGUUUUUUACGUUCACCGCAUUUUGCUCCAUUUCUAACAUAGUUUCCAAUGUAUUUGAAUGUGGCUUCAGCUGUUUUGUAACUGCAACAGGUAUUGAGUAUGGAGACGCUGACACAGACUCCCUUGCACUCACAGCGGGGUGCUCCUGGUUGACUGGAGAAAUACUGUGAUCUCCCCAGCUGUCGCUUCUGGGUCUGACAUACAGGCUUGUGUGUCAUGCCAAGACUGACCUCUACACUAUAUUAUAUUUAUGUUUCAGUUAGCAUAAUGCUUGUUUUGUGGAUUGUGUUUUUAAAAAAAAUAAUUUUUGUGGUGUAGGGUUGUGUUUAAAGUGUUAGCGUAGUUUAUUUUGAACUCAUGCUCCUUAUUAGGUUAUCCUUUCUCUCAUCUGGCAUGCAGUAGCAAAUACGUUAGCUGGAUGCUGCUCGCCUCUACAAAGCAAGUUGAUCAAAACUGUCAAUGUACUAAUUUUUUAUAUUUUUUUUUUUCUUUCCUUCCAGGUUCCAUCCAGAGAAUGCACAAGAAUUUCUAGCCAUUAAAAGACUCAAGAGUGAAGGGUGGAAAUGUGAUGUAAGACCUUUUCUAAUAACCCGUGUUCUGGCUAUCUAAUACCUGAUAUCUUAUGCUGGCUAACAAAAUCUAUGACUUAGCACAUAAGGACCAGGCCAGUAUAUAAAAACCUACCUACUUGACCCCCAGGGGUCUUUACAAAUUAUGCAAAUGUCUCAGAUGGUGACAGAACCGCUUUAAACUGAUCACGUUGAAAAGAUUCUUUAUCAGAUGAAUGAAUUCAUUUAAUGCACAUGUCUAAUAGCCAAUCUUGGCACUACUCAUUCAUGUAGUUCUCAAUAAGUUGUAAGUAUUUGCUUAUUUCUUUUGGCCAGUUACUAAACUGUCAAACAUGUUGUAGAAGUUGAGUUGAAAUUUCUCUUGCAAGAUAACCUGGUCAAAACAUGCAAUCAUUCAGAUGGGAAGUUUUAAAAAUGAAGCAAUUAUUCUGUUUGUAUAAAGGUUUGUGAACCUUGUAAACCUUUUAUAAAACCAGAUGCUAAUUGGCAAUAAAUGUUAAUGCUGUAUACCUGUUUCUGUAUAUUAAGAUUGUGGUACUUGUUUUAGAUCUGCAAUAAAUCCUUCACCCGAAGGCCUCAUCUUAAAGAACAUAUGAUUCUCCACACUCAAGACAAGCCCUUCAAAUGCACCUACUGCGAUGAAAAGUUCAAAUCCCGCUUCAAAAGGUUGAAGCAUCACGAAAAGUUUCAUCUAGGUAUUUACUAUUUCUUUAAACUGUAUUUAUCUGCAUAUUAUGUAAAAGUGUUGUAUUUUAGAUUAAACUUUUAAAUCCGAUGAACUUGUAGCUAAUCUAGAAUGUCCUGGUUAGUUAGCAUUUGCACAAUUACCUGAGUGGGGGAUUCCAUUUAAAUCAUUUGAUUUACAAAAGCUGGUUUGUUAUGAACGAAUUGAUUAGUCAUUGGUCAGUAAGGGAUUAGCCGUAAUGUAUGUUUGAGGACACUGUGGGUCCCCAAAUUUAAAUCCUCUAUGCAACACUCCAGCAUUGGGGGGAAAAAAUAUUUUAGAUCUAAUUUUGGAGUUUUCCAUUAGUAUUUGAUUUACGAACAAUUUUGAAAAUUAAAAAUGGCUUAAUCACACAUCUAAUAUUGAAUAAUCUCUUCAAAGAAAGUGUCUUUUUUUUUAAAUUUUUUUAUUAUUCUUUAAAGGAACACUGUAAGGAGCACAAGUAUAUAUUUGACUAGUGUUAAAAACACAUUAUUUUGCCCCCCUUUAAAAAGUUAUAAAACUGGGGGCGGGGCCUGACAUCCAAGAUCACUGGACGUGUCCAUCUGUAGCGCCUGCUUACUCGAGCCAAAUUGACACGUUUAAAGCUACUAAUCCAUCAGCCAGAGGAUUCUAAGCUGUGGAAAGACAGAGCUCACCGUCUAGUGCAUCUUCUUAGGACCAAUCUGGGGCUUCUUGCUGAGCAGCGAUCCUGUCUAUCGAGCCUGCUAUGCCGGUGAAGUGGAGAUACUGCUGAUCUCCCGUCGCUGGGACUGCUACUCGAUGCCGAAACUAACUGACCCAUUUACCCGCCCCUCCCCCUCUGGACCGGUGGGGGUUAACCUGGUCCCCACUGGGGCUCACUGUCCCACAAACACCCAUAGUGGUGGAUUCGCUUCUCCUGAACUUUGUUUGUAUUUGUGCAGCCUUCUGGGCAAAGAUAUGUGCACAGGGGCCUGUCUCCAUUGCUGUAGGCUGAGUCACGGCCCCACGAAUCCCUAUUAUGGACCGGCAUUGCCUGAACCCGUGUUCCCUACGUGUUCAGAGGAGGCAGCGAAAGAAGCGACACAGCCUACCUUUCCCGAAGGCCUAUUACCCAUGUAGCUGGCGGAACAAGAUUUGCGGUCAGCUGACACGAGUUCCAGCUGAUAUUCGUGCCAUCAUCUUGAUGAAGCUCUUGCCUGUUUGUCUGUGCCCUUGGGCAAGGUGGAAGAACUCCAUAGGGGUUGUUGGGUAGAGACAAAGGCUGGAACUCUCCAUCACUAGCCAUCGGAUGACUGACCCAUCAAUCCUGCCUGCUACUUGGAUGCUCCACUCACAGUCCCUCUUUGCCCAAUAUUUGGAGACUCUGAACAUCUGUGCUGCACACUGUGCAGCACUGACCCAGGAAGUCCCUCCAGUGACCGUCUGUGUGACUGCCACUGUAGGUGUCCCUAGGCAGCAAUGUAAACAAUUUUCUCUGAAAACCUUGGGAUUUUGAUCAUGACUAUUUAUUUCAAUAUUCUGUGUUAAAUUCCUGCCAAAUCAAAUUGGUUGAAUAAAACAUGAUGCACGACUGGUAUCUGUACUGACAAGGAAGUUUUUUUUUUUUUUUUUAUAUAAUAUAUAAUAUAUAUAUAUAUAUAUAUAUAUAUAUAUAUAUCUCUUAAUAUGACACAAAAACUGAACCUUUGAUGGUUGAUUGAAAGCAUCAGGCAGUUUACAGUAAGUCCAUGAAAAGUUCUAGGUUCUAAGUUCGACAAGAGAAUUCAAUAAAUCUCUGAAGAUACUUAAGGUGUUGGUCCUAACAUUUGAACCAUGACAAAACUAUUCUAAACCGCUUCCUAAUUUUAACACACUAGGGCCUUUUCCUUGUGACAUCUGUGGUCGUCAAUUUAAUGACUCUGGAAAUCUAAAGCGUCACAUUGAUUACACUCAUGGAGGGAAGAGGAAGUGGACAUGCUUCAUAUGUGGAAAAUCGGUAAGGGAAAGGUAAGGACGUCUGGUGGGAACUGUGUUUAUAUAACAUUGAUGAGGGCAGAUUCUAGUUUCCACACAUGUGCAUGGACUAUUAGACUUUCUAAUACAAUUUAAGUAAUUGUCAGACUCAUUGAUUUCUCUUUGUCUUCCAGAACAACCUUGAAGGAACACUUGAGAAUUCACAGUGGGGAGAAGCCACACCUUUGCAGUAUUUGUGGACAGAGUUUUCGCCAUGGAAGUUCUUACAGGUAAGAGAGACUUUUGUAGCCAUCUGAGGAGUGGUCAGUGGAGGUAUCCCUAGGCUGUAAUGUAAACACUGCAUUUUCUGUGGAAAAAAAACAUGUUUACUGCAAAAGACUUGAAGGGAAUUAUUCUAUUCACCAGAACAAAUACAAUAAGCUGUAGUUGUUCUGGUGACUAUAGUGUCCAUUUAACUGUAAUAAUAUAUAGUACAUGUCUCUAUUAUUACAAUAUUUUUUGUGCUUGUUAUGCUGCCACAAUAAUCUGUCCUGCAAUAUACAGCAAAUAACAUUCUACUGGUUUUUGCAAGCUGUGUGGCGUUGCCCACAUGGCAGCUCCUACACAUGGGACACUUUUGGUCCCGGGAUAAAUGGUUUCAUUCACUUGUGUUGAUCUGACUGUCCACUCUUCACUUAGCAUUCUUCUUUAUAUCUUUACUUUUCAGGCUUCACCUUCGUGUGCAUCACGAUGACAAGCGUUACGAAUGUGAUGAGUGUGGGAAGACCUUCAUACGCCAUGACCAUCUCACAAAACAUAAAAAGAUACAUUCUGGUAUGAUGACUAGUUAGUUACUUUAAGAAUCUCUACAACAUGGAUGUCCUUUAAAAGGAUGUUGGUCGAUAACUCCCAUAAUUCAUUGGCCUCCGUAAGCAAAAUAUCCAAUGCCGUACCUCUGUAUUUCUGCUAAAAUUUUUGUUGUUGUAGGAACCCUGCACAGCAGCAUUUAAAGUGCUUAGCCAAUGUCUAGAUCUGCUGUAUUAAAAAAUUAAAACCCACAGAGGGAGGCUAUUUAACCCCUUAAGGACCAAACUUCUUGAAUAAAAGGGAAUCAUGACAUGUCACACCCUAUGUCAUGUGUCCUUAAGGGGUUAUAAAGAACAAUUUUGAUGGUAGAGUCUCUAAAGUCAAGAGUAAGGUUUUCAUGGCUAUUGCUCCAGGCUUAGCUCCUUAUUAUACAUAACAUGAAUUUGAAAUAGAAUUCAUUUUAGGAUGACAUUCAUUACAAUUUUUGCUUUGAAUAAUAUUAUUUUGGGGAUUUUUUUUCCUUCGAAAUAUAAAUACAUCAAAAUAAUAUUAAAUGAUUCUCAUAAUGCAUCCAACAAUAUUAAAGGGACACUAUAGUCACCAGAAUAACUGUUCUGGUAAGUAUAGUCAGUCCAUGAAGGCUUUUUCCAGAUAACAUUACUACCUAGGAACAUCUCCAGUGGCCACUCCUCAGACAGCCACUAAAGAUGCGUCCUGUGUUGUGUAGCACUGAUGUUCUGCAUAGAGGCACUGAACUUUCCCCAUUGAAUCAAUGUAUCUCUAUGAGCCUCCCUACGCUUUCAUAUAGAAAGGAUUGGAUGCGAUCAAAAAGUUUUAUUUUGGCUAAGGGAGUGGGGCCAGCUGCAACCGACCCCAUUGGUGCUAGAUAAAUGUGAGUAAAUGACCUUUUUCACUAGGGACAAAGUGGGAUUAAAUAGCUAUUUAGACCUAUACUGUCAGGAAUAUAUGUUUGUAUUCCUGACACUAUAGUGUUCCCUUAAAUCAUUUAAAAAACAUAUCCAAAAAUAUUAAGUCAUGGCUUAUGUUUGGGACCUAAUGAUGCAUUACUAUUUCUAAGGUGAGAAAGCGCAUCAGUGCGAAGAAUGUGGAAAAUGUUUUGGGCGUCGAGACCAUCUGACUGUUCAUUAUAAGAGUGUUCAUCUGGGAGAAAAGGUUUGGCAGAAGUAAGUGCACUCUAAAUGUUUUGAAUACUGUAUUACACUUAAAUUACAGAUUAAUUUAAAUCCAUUUUAACCACACAUUGUGCAGCCGAUCUUUCUUAAAUUUCUUGCACUUUAGUGCAUCCCCCUUUGGGCUGCAUCGGGUUGCUUAGCAGAUCUGUACAUGUUUGGCAAAUUAUUAGGGCAAAUUAUUUGCUGCUGAACGUUGGCUCCGGCAUUGAUCAUCCAAAAUGGGUUGUUGCUAACAAAGGCAACUGGAUAGCAUUUCGGUUCUGUACUGCCAUUAUGUGUGGGAUCAGUAUGAUAUACAAUGUUAUAGGUUCUCUUUGUAAUGGUACAAGUGAGCAAAAACAUUUUUGAGACCUGAGUGUGGAUUACCCGAAGGGCAAGCUACUGGGUUUCCCUAAGCGUUUGUCCGUUCUCAGAGUUCUCAUAUUCUCUGUUUUUGUUGCUCUCAAGACAUAUGUUAAAUAUUUACUCCAAGCACCAUGGCCACUUUAGUGAUGUUCAGCUGUGAAUUGCCACACAUACCAAGUUUUAACCUGUUUGCUGCCAGAGAUGUAACUCCACCUCUGGCAGCAUUAUGGGACGUCAGCGAACAAGGGUUCCGGGCUGGCUAGUUGUGUGCAAAUCUUGAUGCACAUUGGCUAAGAGUAGCCAAUUGACGUUCUCCGCCAAUGAAGAAGCGUCAGGAUCAACAUACGGCUCCUGCAGCUCUACAGAAGCUGGAUGUUGUAAAUCGGCUUACAGAGGAGACCCGGUGCCCAGCAGCACCAGGUACGAGUGCAAACCAUCGUAAAAACGGAAUGGUGCCAUUAACCACUAAAGAGGGCUGGAUUAACUCGUUGAUUCUGACAAUGUAAAUAGAAAUAACAAAGUUCUGUUUAAUAUAUUUUAUACUGGUAGAAAUCAAAGGAAAAAAAGCUGCCUGCGCUCUUUCCAAAUCCCUAUGCAUAUUUAAAUAAAUGGAGGUUAUUUAGUAACUCCAAUGGCCAUUAGAUGCAAGCCCAUCUGCCACGUCAAAGCAAACCUCUUAGGUGUGUCCUACACUGACUAUUCACCUUGCUUCCUUGAGCUUCAGGCAAAGAAAUCUCUGAGGCCGAGAGGGGUAUUUUUCUAAACCCCUACAUACUUAUUAACCCUUAAUAGGGAACACAUGGGGUGGGUGGCAGCAUUGUAACAUAGCUGUGUGAUACAAAAGUGAAUACAAAUACACAAAAGAAGUGUUCUGCGCUCAAACUCCUGGGCGGAAGUAAUGACCACAGCACACAUUAGCCCCAAUACAUAUGGUAAAAAACAUUAUCUGCGCUGUUUUCUAUGGUCGUUGCUGCCGCUGCACAGGUAGCUUUUCUCUUUGGUUUUUACUUUGUGUUGGGGCUGAUGUGUACUAUGGUCGUUGCUGCUGCCCAGGAGUAGUGGGAGUUUGAGUGCAGGACUUGUUUUUGUAUAUUUUAUACUGGUGUUUGGAUUUGGGGGGGGGAGGGGGUUUGGACCUGUGGAGUGCAUUGUCAAAACAUUAAUAUUUCUGGUGAAACAACUUCUGCUGUGUGUACAUCAUUUCAAGCUGCACUACUAGCUAAUAAUUGUCAGAAUGGAAAUAAUUACACACAAGCUGUGUGUAUUUCUUGACUUUAAUCCAGCAGGAUUAGAACAUAUAUAUGUUCUAAUAUACACACAGCAUACCUCCCACCACCAUUGUAUUAUAUAAUCUAAUUUCCUGUUUUAUUGCCCAGGUACAAAGCCACAUUUCAUCAGUGUGAAGUCUGCAAAAAGGUUUUCAAAGGGAAAUCCAGUUUAGAUAUGCAUUUUCGUACACAUUCUGGUAAGCAAGUCUUCACUUUCUUUUUUUUUUUUUGACAAUCUUUAUUUAUUCAGUUUUUCAAUUUUGACAAGUAAAAGGUGGGGUUUACAGAAGGAAAGGAGGGUGGGAUGUCGAACAGUUAUUUGGGGUGUACAAAUGCAGUAGUAAACAUCCAUAAUUACAUAGCAUUACUUAUUUUCAUGUUUACAGAUCACACGUUAGUUGAGACCUGGAGGGUAUGCCUGGUGUCUAUUGCUAUUCACACCAGUCGGUAUAUGUGAGUGUCUUAUGGCUUUCAUAGUCUCAUACCCCUAACUAUUUGGGUCUUCAUGCAGCCCCAGGGCAUUAUAUACGCAAGAAGGGUGUGAGACCCUGCCUGAGUCGGUUAGUCAGCGGGCUGUAUGUGUGGGUGAGUCCGUUUGUAGUGGAACCUCCUGGCAGAGUUCCGUUUUGGGUUUUUCGGAUGCUGUGGAUGGGGCAACCGGACCCACCCCACCUGCGUCCAGGUGCACGUACUUUGUAAGUUAUGUCCCUUUCUGUGGUUGGAGGAGCUUGAGUGUAAAAUAUGUCCCUUGGGUGCGUGUGCCAUGUGGGGGUGUUGCCUGUGUGUUGUUGGGUUGCUUCUGGUGCUUAAAGUGGUGGGGUCUAGUGUGCGGUUAACCUUGCUUUUGGAUCAUGUACUUUUUAGGCUUUUGGGGCACCUUGUGUGUAUCUGUCCCUUUGUAUCGUUUUUGUGGGCUCUAUCUACUGACCCUCUAUGGUUCCCUGCUUGGUUUAGUGUUCUCUUACAUGUACUCUUGGAUUGAGUGUCUUAGUCUAGUACAUGGUGUGGGGUGGUCUAGUCGGGGACUGGUCAAGAUGGUGGAGGGGGUAGGAGGGUGGGAGCAGUCUAGCUGGAAAAAAGAAAAAAAGCCUUCUGCCGCGAUUUAGAGGAUCCAGGGGGUCCAGGUUAGAUGACAUUUUUCCGAGCGGCACUGGAGGGCUGCUGUCAUAGUAUCCAUGGCAUGUAUUUCUACCACUCUAUCCACCCAUUGUUGGAAGGUGGGGGCGGACGACCUUUUCCACAGGGUGGGUAUCAGUGAUUUAGCUGCUGUCAAUAAGUGUCUUGUGAGGGAUUUUUUAUAGGUUUUCAAUGAUAUGCUGGUGUGAUGUAGUAGCAUGGGGAGGGGUUGGAGCAGGAGCUCCGGGUCCGAUAUUUCCUGUAUUUUGGUGUUUACCAUCACCCAGAAGGGGGUGAUGACUGGGCAAGUCCACUAUAUGUGGAUCAUAGUGCCUCUCUCUAGUCCGCAUCGCCAGCAUUUCUCAUCAUUGUCUGGGUUCAUGCGAUGUAGUGUAUCAGGGGUUAUGUACCAGGUAGUUAGUAGCUUGUAGCUCAUCUCCUGAAAUUUUGAGCUAAUAGAACUUUUGUGUGUGAGUAGGAAUAUUUUAUCCCAUUCAUGGGCUUUGAGUACCUCCCCUGUCUCUCUCUCCCAUCUGGCGAUGUAUUUCGGUUGUGGUCUAUUCUCACCCUCCAGAAGCAGUGCGUAUAGCGUCGAGAUCCCUCUCUCGAUAUGUCGCCUACUGAUGCAUAUUUUUUCAAAAUACGUGGGGUCUCGAUGGAAUUGUUUGGCCGUUGCAGAGUUGUAGAAGGAUUUGACCUGGUGGUAUCGGAACAGGUCGAGCAUCUUUAGGGCACUAUCUGGCAUUAUCUGGGGACCGAGAUGUUCAUGGCCUCCGACUUGUCGGUGUUAAGUUUUAGGUUCGAGAUCCUCCCGAAUUGUUGGAAUAGGCCUAGUGUGUUUGGAAUGGAGAUCAGGGGUCGUUCCAGGAAGAAGAGCAGGUCAUCAGCAUAUGCCGCCACCCGGUGCUCCAUGUUCCCUAUUGUGUGCCCUACAAUUCCCCCAUCUGUCCUGACUGCCUCCAGGAACGGUUCCAAAGAGAGGGCGAACAGCAAGGGGACAGGGGGCACACCUGUCGUGUUCAAUUUCGUAUGGGAAAUGGCUCUGAAAGGGCACCGUGGACUCAUAUUCGUGCCGUGGGUGUUGUGUAGAGCGCCGCUAUCCAGGCUCGGAUAUUGGGUCCGAUUCCCAUGUGUUGUAGAGUAGCCACUAGGUAGGACCAGUCCACUCGGUCGAAGGCCUUUUCAGCGUCUGUGGAGAGGAGGACAAGACCCCUUCCUUGCCUUUGAGCCGAGUGGAUGAUGUUGAGGGCCCGUAUGGUGUUAUCCUGGGAUUCUCUGCCCGGGAUGAAGCCCACCUGGUCUGGGUGGACCAGUGAGGGCAGCACCCCGGCGAGGCGGAGGGUCAUGGCCUUCGCGAACAACUUUACGUCUGCGUUCAAGAGGGAAAUGGGGCGGUAACUUGCGCAGCAGGCUGAAUCUUUUCCCUCUUUAGGCAGGACUGUUACCAUGGCCCGGAGUGUGUCCACCGGGAGUUGUCCGCCCUCUAGCAGCGAGUUCAGGCCUGUCAACAGGUGUGGCAGCAAGAGGUCUCUAUACAUGCGGAGGUAGCUCGCUGAGAGUCCAUCUGGGCCUGGUGCCUUAUUUGCUUUGGUUAGCUUAAGCGCCGCGGUUAGUUACUCCAGGGACAGGGGUUGUUCCAGAUUUGCGGCUUGGUCGGGGGUAAGUUUCCGGGCUACAUGUUUGGUGAGGAAGUCUGUUAGCUCACGUCUAUGUUGUGAUGGGGUGAGUGCGCUGGGCGGAUCGGCCAGGUUAUAUAGGCUAGUGUAAUAUUCCCUGAAUGCCUGUAGGAUCUCUGCUGGUACUCUCAUUUCCUUUUGGCCUUGGGCUUUUAUUUUGUGAAUGUGGGUUUGCCUCCGUCUCUGCUGCGGAGUCUGGGCCAGCUUCACUUUCUAUGUACCCCCAAACCUUCACUUACACGUAGAGAUAUGUCAUGAGGCAUCAUCUCUUUCAGCUAUAAUUUCUAUGCACAUCUUUUCCAUUUUGUGUUUGGUAAAAAAAAAAAAAAUAUAUUGAGAUAGAUGUUUUUAAUUAAAACACUGAGGUAAAUGUGUUGCCUUUAAUGGAACUUUCACUUCUCGUGAAAUCACACAUGUGAAUAAAACUUUUUAUUCAAAAUGACCUAUAACGUGUAUUAACCUAUUUAUUUCUUUUUUCUUUUUCAUGUCAUGCUGUUUUCUUUUAAAAUAUACAUGAAAGAUUAGUAAAUGACAUCACAUCACAUUACAGUUCAGUUCACACAAUGCAAACAAGGAGAACAGAAAAGGGGCUACAUAUGACAGUGAUUAGCAGGGAGCUAAGAUGGAGGUGUAGUUUUCUACAAUAUAUUUUAUAUUUCAAACCUUGCAGAUAUAUAUUUGGUAAAUAUAGAUAAUAGAUAAACCUAUUAGUAAUCUUAAUAAGUGGCAGUCACCCUUUAAAACAUCCUUGAGGGAUUGACAUAGAGCCAGGAAUAUUGCUGUAUGAUAAUGCCAGCAUAGUAACAGGAGACUCCAUUGUGAAUGUGCUUUGUCCUCUUAAAGGGAUCAUAAAUGCAUCAAAACAACUGCAGUUUAGGCAUAUAUAUCAUUCCGCUGCAGUCUCACUGCUUAAUUCUCUUCCUUUUUGGAGUUAAAUACCUUUUUGUUUCUGUUUAUGCUGCCAUAGCCACACAUCCACUGUCUGUGACUGACACAGCCUGCAUUUAAAAAAAUAUCAGAUCUCGCUUACUUUAGAAGUUGCUUAUUUUAUAUUUUUUGUAUUUUGUAAAUUACACUUUAAUCACAUACAUGCUCUAACAGGCUAUUAACAGAGCAGGAAAUAAGAAAUUAUAAAUUAAACAGCAAUAAAAGAAGUUAAAAUUUAGAUUUCUCUUUACAGGAAGUGCGUAGGAAGGCUGUGUGAGUCACAUGCACGGGGGUGUGACUAGGACUGUAUACACAAAGUGAUUUAAGUGCUAAAUGGCAGAGAAUUGACCAGUGCGACCGUAGGAACAUGAUCUAUAAAAUAAAGGUGCCUAUAGUACCCCUUUUAAGUCACAAGGAUGAAUAACACACAUUAAUUCCCUCAGUAAAAUGUCAAAUGCUUCAUUUAAGGGACACUUUAAUCACCAGAACCACUACAGCUUAUUGUAGUGGUUCUGCUGUCUAUAGACUGUCCCUGCAGGCUGAGCACUGUAAAUGCUGUCUUUUCAAAGAACAAGGACAGUGUUUAUAUUUCUGCCUAGAGAACCCUCUAGUGGCAGUCGCUCUUUAAAAAAAAAAAAAAAUUAUUAUUUUUGGGGGUACAAACUAAAUUCAGAUGUAAAAAUAAAAACAUUUGUGUGACUUAAAGCUUUGAAGGAAGCCGUAUAUAUAACUUUAAAUUUUGUCUUCAGGUGAAAAGCCGUAUAAAUGCCAGAUUUGCAACCAAUCCUUCCGCAUCAAGAAAACUUUGACAAAGCAUCUUGUCAUACACUCGGAUGCCCGUCCCUUUAACUGUCAACAUUGCAAUGCCACAUUUAAACGCAAGGACAAACUAAAGUAUCACAUUGACCAUGUCCAUGGGUCUAAAGUGGAGGAGGAAACAUGCGAAGAACCAAAAAACUUCCCAGUCGUCCCAGAAAGCACUGAUGCAGAUAUCUGUGUGCCACUUACCCUGGUGACUGUUGAUCUAGCAGAGUCAGAAGGAGAACUAGAACGGCAUACAGAAUCUUCUGUGCUAGCCUCACAAGCAGCUUACCAACGGACACCUGACUUGGCCUUCCUUGAAAAAUACACACUAACCCCUCAACCAGCCACACUUUUGCACCCAGUGAGACCAGAACAGAUUCUGGAGAGUAGAGAACACUCUUAUCUGGGGUCUUUGCUUGGGCUGGAUUCCCAGCAUCCUGUGCCAAGUAUUGUGACCGGUGAACAUCACUAAUCUGAGGGAUCAAUCUGCAAACCUUAUUGUAGAAGGCUUAAGGGCAGGUACCCCCUUUUUAGACAUGUAAAGGACCAGAUUUCUCUAGAUUGCUUUAUUUAUGAUUGUUGGGUCUCUCUUCAAGCAGCUAUAAAGUAAACGCUAAUUUCUAAAGAUAAAUGAACGGAAACUACCUUUUUAAAAGACUGAUGAUUCUUGUUAUGUACGUGGUGGCAGUAUUCAGAUGUAAUUAUCGGAACAGAAAGAAUCCUUUGAGAUAUGUCCUGGGAAGUUUACAUUAUUACCAACCAAUGGUACAAAUUUUUUGACUUUGGUAGGAUGACAGGCUGAUAUUUAUCUUUGCAAUGUGUAUAUAUAGGCAAUAAUGUUAAAAUAAUCAAUUUGUUCAUAAUCUUCUACUUUACAAGUAGUUUUCUGGCACUAUUACAAGAAAUUGUCCUUUGACUAGUUCUGCUAUAAAAGCAAAAUGGCCUCCUAUGUCAGUGCUUAAGGAACAUUUUCAGGGAGAUUACAACUGCAUACAGAAAAAUGAUGGUGAGAAAGGCACAUUUUAAUGAUAUUAACUCUCCUUUUGUUAUUUAGGGAAUCAUUGCUCUUUAAGCUGUCACUGAAUUUGUAAUUUUUUUUUUGGUAAAUGAAAUGUUAAAGUAACACUCCAAACUGGAGCUGACCCCUUUUUAUUUUAUGCAUUACGAAAGUAAGUAAAAAUAUAUACAUUAAAAAGAUAUUAAAACAUAUUCAAAAGUAUACCGUUAACAUCCUCAGAUUUUCUUCUUGCAGAGAGCUCUUCUCAAAUAAAGAGUGAGAUAACAUUAGUUUGACAUAAAGUGUCCAAAAGGGAUAAUCUUUUACAUUGUUAAAUGAAUAUAAUCUAAGGUUAUGCUCCUUAUAUUUUUUUUUUCCUUUAUCCAUGUAUACUGAGUAGGUUUAAAGCGAGCCUAUAGGCACCAAGACUACUUCAGCUCACUGAACUGGUCUGCGGGCAGUGUCCCAUCACCCUUAACCCUGAGCAUGUAAUUUAUUUAUUUUUUAUAUAAACUGCAAUAAUUACCUGCUAGGGUUAACUCCUCCUCUAGUGGCUGUCUACCAGACAUCCAUUAGAUGGACUUCUGAUUCUUUAGGUGACUUGAGUACUUCCAGAGUCACCGGAAUCCCCAUAGGAAAGCAUUAAAUAAUGCUUUCCUAUGGGGAUAUCCUAACGCAGGUGCGUCCACUGCCGCACGUGCACAUUCGGUCUCCCCCAUUGGCUGUCGUCAGGGGAGUAGUGAAGGCGUUCCUGAGCCAAAGCAGAGGGACAUCGGCGCUGGAUCCCGAUAAGUGACACACCGGGGUGGGGGCUUGAUGGAGGGGGAAGGGAAAUAAGUUUGUUUUCCUGGUACUAUAGUUUCCCUUUAAGGCCUUAUCCUACACAUAGGACUGCUGCCCCUAGAGACUCUUUCAAUGCAUUAUAGUAUAAUUAUUUGGGUAGAGAAGCAUACCACUACCCCUAGUGGUAUUUCCAUAUAGGAUAUCAGAACAGAUCUUCUAAUAGGAACUUCGUUCUUUUGAAGUGUAUCAUAAAAUAAACUACAUGUAUUUCCUUUUUUCCCCCCUUCUGCUCCAACCCAAAUAUUUGUUGUACUUAUUACGUAGUUCAGCUUUUCACAUCAUCGGCUACUGCAGGACGAUACAGCCAAGUAUUUGAUUUUAUAUUGUUCAUUAUCAAGAAAUAUCAAAUGCUUUAAUGUGGAGUGUAAGUUUUAAUUUUAAAGGAGCAUUCCACAUGACCAACACCCUCCUCCUCCCAACCCCUGCCCAA